AUGUCUGGCUCAUUGGCCCCCAGCGACCACGUCUUCCGCAAGUCAUCCGGGAAAACUCCUCCUCCAGCCCCUUCUGCUGGAUUUGCAAAGAGACUCGCAGAAACGCAAGCAGGUCGCUACAGACCGCCAGCACUUCGUCCAGGAGGUGGAAACUCGCCCCCGAACGGUCUCAAGGAUGCUAUGGAUCAGCCUCCAACAGGUCCCGAAUCCAUCGAGGCAGGUCCCCUCCCGCCCACAAACUAUGGACCUGGUUUUAAGAGAGCGCGAGCGGGGACACUUCCAUCCAAUGUUCAGCUCGCUGCUCAGCGCUACGCAUCCACCCUCGGCGGCGGAUCUCACAGUGGCCUGUCCCAAGACGUGCCCCUCUCCCAGUCCUCCAAUGCGCUCAGUGGCAUCAUCGGCAGCGGGGCUCUGUCGUCUGGAAACCUAGCUGGUGCCGCGGCGACUGUAACCCGCCCGAGUUUGCGCCACGCGUCCACCGCUGUGCCUGCGCUCGCAGGGGAACGUGCUGUCAAUUCGCGCCUUCGGUCGGGGUCGUUGACUCUUCCACCAUCCGGUCCCAUCCCCGCUCCUUCAUCCAAUAAUGCUUUUGGAUCCUCACUAUACCCAUCUUCUUGGCUCAAUCCACAGCCUGGUUACUCUGUUCUCGACGAACAUCGUUCGCUCAACUCGAACGAUUCGCUUCCUGGCGAUGAUGUACACACAUUGGACUACUUGGGACUUGAUGAUCGCGCGAGGGCCCCCCAGCCCGCCACCGUAACUGAGCUGCGAUCCCAGGCCCAAGCAGCAAUUGCUGGGAGAUUGCGCGCCACUACGGUAUCCAAUCCAUAUCGAAACAGGCCUCUCCAGCCAAUGACAGCUCCCCAUGGCUCAGAGGAGUAUGAGGAAAUGGACGAAUACGAUUCACCCAGUGCAUACCAUUCUCGCGUCGAUGCGAUGAAUGGUGGCUUGGGAUCCAGUGUCUAUUACAAUACAGACCAGAACCCCUACGUCGCCAGAGGAUUCAAGCAAGGCCAACACCUCGGUGUCUCUGUACGUACGCGAGCGACGUCUGUGGGGGCUCUCGAAGAUCCUAGCAGACUCCGGCAAAGCCCCGUCUACGGCGACAUCUCCCCUGGUGGCCUCCUCAGCCAGGGCGGGGCCUCUACGGCGAAUGUGAUUCUGCGAGGCCUUGUCGAUAGCAAGAACCAGGCUCAAGCUGGCCGUCUGCAACAAAUUCAACCAGGACGCUAUUCGCCCGGAGAUGUAUCUCCCUCGGGUGGCCGUCUGACGAGUGCUGGUGUCAACUUUCUCCAGCCACCUCAAGGCCAGCAACCUCGGUCUCUCUCUCCAAAGGGGGAAACCCCGCAAAUCCAGACCCCAUCGCGUUCUCUAUGGAUCGGCAACUUAGACACGACGGCUACAAAGGAGACCCUAUUGACAGUGUUCUCACCCUAUGGCGCUAUUGAAAGCCUCCGUCUCCUCCCGGAGAAAGAGUGUGGAUUCGUCAACUUUCUUGACAUUAACGAUGCUGUGAGGGCAAAAGAUGACGUUCUCAAUCGCUUGGGAGGCAAUAUUGGCUUGCCAAACGGCCAACCCGUCAGGAUCGGUUUUGGCAAAGCUGAUUCCGCCCCUGCGCAACCCUCAAAGGCAAAUGGACCUGUGAAUAUGAAUGCGAACGUCCUCGCUUCGACUGCAGGGGCCCCUGCAGGCAUGGAAGUGCAGUCCACCCCCACGCGAGCUCUUUGGAUUGGUUCUAUUCCCUCUACGACAACGCCUGCUACCAUUCUCAGCAUUUUUGCUCCGUUUGGUCCUAUCGAGUCUGCGCGUGUUCUCACUCACAAGAACUGUGGCUUCGUCAACUUUGAGCGUCUUGAUGACGCCGUACGAGCACGCAAAGCAUUGAACGGACGCGAUGUUCUUGGCAGCGAUGUUGGCGCCAUUCGCAUCGGAUAUGCGCGCGUUCCAGUCAAGAGUGGAUCAGGCGAUGGAACCGGUACUGCAGAUGACGCACCUCCAGUCGGAGUGCAAGGAAUUGGCACGCUCACCGUUGGUGCGACGAUCCAUGCGCUUCGGUCUGUCAAGGGAGCGACUACGAUUCCAGCAGAUCAGCAAGUACUUGGUGGUGCAGUCGAAAACUAUCGGUCAAACCUCUUGCUUAGCAUGAUCGGAUCCGGAAAUCACAACGUGUCUGAUGGUCAAUCGAGGCCUCCAGGAUCGACUCCUAGUGUGACUGAGCAGCAAAUGAUUAUGAAGGAACUUGCCCAGGAAGGACCAGAUGCGGACGCGGAUAUUCAAGCUCUUUCUGACUUCCGGCCCCCAACCAUGUACUAUACAAGUAUUCCACCCACAGCGGACAAACCGAAUCCCACCCGUCGCUGGGAUGCCGCCAAGUUACGAGAGCUCAGAAAGCGCUUGGACGCGGGAGGAGUGGCGCAACAAGAAAUGGACGAAAUUGCUCAUGAUAUGAUGAACGGUGAAAUCGUGGAAUUAGCAUCGGACUGGCUCGGCAACACAGUUGUACAAAAGCUCUUCGAAAAGUGCACAGUUCCUUGUAGGGUAGCCAUGCUGGAGUACAUUGCGCCCCAUCUGGCCUCGAUUGGUAUUCACAAGAACGGUACAUGGGCUGCCCAAAAAAUUAUCGAAUGCGUCUCAACCGCAGAAGAGGUCGCUUUGGUCGCCCAAAAUCUUCGUCCUUAUACGCCCCCGCUCCUCCUAGAUCAGUUUGGCAAUUACGUCGUACAAUGCUGCCUGCGAUUCGGAUCGCCUGCAAACGACUUCAUCUUUGACGCGAUGAUUGACCGUUUGUGGGAAGUCGCCCAAGGCCGAUUCGGAGCGAGGAGCAUGCGAGCGUGCUUGGAGAGCCCACACAUUACGAUCAGCCAACAGAGACGAGUUGCGACUGCGAUCAUCCUCAACUCGAUUCCUUUGGCUACCAACCCCAAUGGAGCCCUCUUGCUCACCUGGCUACUUGAGACAUCUGGAUUCCCUGCUCGAUUCAAGUUACUCGCCCCGAGAUUUACUCCCCACCUUUCCCAUCUAUGCACACACAAACUUGCUUCACUGACUGUUCUCCGGAUUGUCAACCAGAAGGUUGAACCGGAGGCGUCCACCGCCAUUGUUCGAACACUCUUCAACUCUCCGGGCGAUCAUGUCCUCUCCGAUGUGCUCGGAGAUCAGGUCAACGGAGUGACUGUCGUUCACAAGAUUCUUGGUAGCACCUUUAUCGAUCCUACCGAUCGCACCGCCUAUAUGGAGGCUACUAAGCGCGUCUUGAUCGAGAUCAAGGCCAGCCCCACUCAAGCAUAUCGCAAGCUCAUGGAAGAAGUUGGGAUUAUUAUUCCCAACAUGUCUCAGCAAUAUGGGUCAGGUCAAAUGGGAGGCAGCGGGCCCAACAGUCGGUCCCACUCGAACACGGGCACGCCCUAUGGUGCUCCCAUGGGACUGCACUCGGGAUACGUCAGCGACAAGGACGCUGCCGGUCUCAAUAGUAUGAUGGGAUCGAUGAACAUCUCCAGUGGUGGACCCGCCAUGCAAGGAUAUCAGUCGAUGGGGCCAGGAAAUUAUGGUGCACCACAAGGACGAGGACCGGGUGGACGUAACGUCACAUCCCCAGGAACAUUUUCGCCAAACUCGGAUCCAUUCAACCCGUUCUCUAUCCACUCCUCUGACAUGGCCAAUGGUGGUCGAAACGGCUCCAUGCGCAGAACCCCGACGACGCCGCAGAUGAAUGCACAACAUUUGUCAAUGCACUUUAAUGGGCCCAAUCCAGGCGCAUCCAAUACGAAUGCGGGAAUGGGCAUGGGCGGAGUGCCUCAGUAUGGCAUGGGCAAUCACCCUCAGCAAUAUCAGCAAGGAUACAUGUAUCAAAUGUACCCCAAUGCAAACCAAGGUCCCAACUACCAGUGA